ACCACAGAAAAUCAACCGACGCUGAUUGCGCCAAAAUUAGCCAACAUUUGUUUCGAUAUCUAUAAGAUCAAUAGGUAAAACAACCAGUUUUGUUUUAUUUUUUAAGUACAGAAUCACAUUGAACAAAAUGCCACGGCAACCGCAAUCUCAAAGUCAACGCUCGCAAGUGGAUAGGAACAUUUCCACGCAACCCAUGGAUGAAAGCCAUCUGGUCAGGAACAUGGUGAAAACGAUACUCAAUCUGUCUAUAAACAAAUCGGCAAUUAAAAGAUCCGAAAUCUGCAGCAACGCUUUGAAAGGAGAUGGCCGACUUUACAACAGACUGAUACCCGAGGUGGAAGAGAUACUUGGCAAGAUAUACGGCUACCGACUGGUAGAAGUGGAGAGCAAAGGGCAAAAAACGAUGAUCCUGUGCUCCACUAUCGCCACAAGCUCGAUGGCUGAAGUCAAUGACAACUAUCGUCGAAAGUACACAUUUCUGUUUGUGAUAUUGGGCUACAUUUUCAUGAAAAAUGGAACCAUACCUGAAAGGAUGUUGUGGGAGUUUUUGCAGACGAUCGGUAUCGAUGAGCAGCAGGAGCAUUCCUAUUUUGGAGAGCCGAAGAAGCUGCUGGAAUUGUUCGUAAAGCAGGCGUAUGUGCUACGCUUCAAGCAGACGAUGGAGGGAAUGAACGAAGAAAGCGUAUUCCUAAGCUGGGGCGUUCGGGCGAAUCAUGAAGUAUCGAAGCGAGAGAUAUUCGAAUCGAUGUGCAAGCUAAUGAAGCGGAAACCAAGUGACUUCAAAUCGCAGUACAUAGAAACGCAAGGCUUAACCGAUACAUCGAUGGAUGAGGAUCUUGAUUCUGAUGAGCUCGAAUAAAGGAGCCUGUUUAGAAAAGAAUGAAAUGGUUGGAAUUUCCGAUCGCAGCUGAGAACACGCCCUCGUUAUCACGUCUCAUUGUGGUCAUUGCAUAUUAUCGCACUAUAUGUAUGAUUAUUACGUUUCUCCCGCGCCGCGUCAUUGGCUGCAUACAAACAGUCGGUUGAUUUUCAAAUAAACAUUGCUCGUAAUCUCUCGCG